GUGAGGUGGGGCGUCUGUGUUGGGGAAUGUAUUUUAAAAGGGAUUUGUUAUAUAGUUAAAGACUUCGAGGCAAUAUUUGUGUUGGGUGAAGGAGGUGGAGAUGAUGGUCGUUCAUAGUGUUUUUAUUAUUCAUCUUGUGUCGUUCUUCGUUUUUGGUUCGAUAAGUGUAUUAUAAUGUAAUCUUACUACACCACUGGCAACAGGAUAGCGUUGAUUAAAAACAAUACUAUGAAACAAUUUAAUUUUAAAACCCGCGACUUCAAUCCCAACCGAAGAAGACAAGCGAGUCUAAUGGCGAAUUGUAGCGGGAAUUUUACGAUUUCAGAGAGGAAAGAAGAUACACGAAUCUCCGAAUUUGAUUUGCGUUAAUCAUUACACAUACCCAGAACAAGACAUACCAUUGAUUCCACCCAGAGAAUGUGAAUAAAUACGCAUUCAUUUCUCACUGGUGGCGUUCACAGUACGCAAGGUCAGUCUGUCCUUGUGCUGAGCGAGGUGGGUUCACGGUCGGACAAGUUGUGAAUACUUGAAAACAGGAGGAAUUAAAUAUCUUCUAAUAAGUGAUGAAACCAACGCCCACGUUUGACAAAAAAAAACAUAGGCAAGUGACGUAGGCCCCUCUGUGACGUCAUUCUCUCCACGUAGGCCUAUCGCUUGGUCAAGGGUUGCCCGAGACAAUCACACGAUCGCAGCGACGUCAGAAGCUUGGACAUUGGGAAUCUGUGGAUCGAGUUCUUUCCUUUUUCUCUCUCUGUCUCUCCCUUCCUCUCCCUCCCUCUCCCUUUUUCCCUCCCUCUCCCCUCUCCCUCUCCCUCUCCCUCUCCCUCUCCCUCUCCCUCUCCCUCUCCCUUCUCCUCCCUCCCUCCUUCGCUCCUCCCUCUCCCUCCCUCCCUCUUUCCCUCUCCCACUCUCUUCUCCACUUCCGCCACAACGCUGAACCGCCGCCAAUUCUACGCCAUGCUGAGUCUCCCUUCGAAAUUCCGAUGGCGCGCGGGUGUCGUCCUCGUCCUCGGCAGCAUAUUCCUGAUGCUGUCUAUCACCUUCUUCAGUGGCCCUUCGUACCCCUUUAACGUGCCUCAGCAUUACGAAGGAAGCUCGGCCAUCGGCAGGAGACAGCUCGCGCGACGUCUCCUGCAAGUCCAGAGGCAGAUCGAUAGUCUUGCGGGUAUGCAAGGUAAAGUUGAUGCGGCUUGGUCAAGGGAACUGCUGGCUGUAGCGGAGGAGAUAGACCCCCGUGUGUCGUCUGAGGAUGGAGGUCUCCCAGUUCAGGAUAAGAAGCAGCAGCGGAACAGCAGAGAGAUAGCAGCCAGCGAUAAAGCAGAGAAUGGUUCACAGCUUCCUUCAGUCAGCCCAGAAGUGGUAGUGUGCCCUGAGGUUUACUUGGGCAGAGAGGCUGAUACGAUGUACCAAAGCAAUUUCAGAACUAUUGAGUGCAUAAAUGCCUUGGCUUUUAAGGACUUAGUUACGGUAAUUCUCUCAACAAAGGGUUGGGAAGUAGAGAGGGUGAAAUUUGUUGCUAGACAAAUCCUGAAGUAUUAUGAUGUAAAUAUAUAUAUAUUAGUGUUUGGCACAAACGAAAGAAUAGAUGUUGAUAAUACUAAUAUAAAAUAUUUCUCGUCAGGAGUACUUGAGUCAAAAGCCAUAAACAGUGUUUUGUCUUACAUCAAUACGCCCUAUAUAUUUCUCGCAAGUACCCUAACUCAUUUCUCAGAACAGUCUCCCUUAGAUCGUCUGAUUAGAGUACUGGAUGAUCUUCAUCACGUGGGAGUAGCCACAGGGGCUUAUAGAGAUCUUGAGGGCCUGUGGCAUCACGGCUGCUUACAAGUGACCAUGGAAAAUUACCAGCUGUCUUAUGAGCGUGGGUAUGAACACUCAAAAGAUGAAUGCAUGUACUGUGAUGAUGCGCUUGGUCCAAUGAUAUUGAAGACUGAACUGCUGGCAAAGGUACCCAUGAAAGAGACUCUCGAGGGCUCAGUCAUGUAUAGGGAUUGGUUUUUGAAUGUUCGACUGGCUGGUUCACUUGUUGUGGCUUGCCCCGAUGUGAUGUUCUUUGUUGACACUGAACCUGUCAUGGUGCAAAAAGAUUGGCUCAGAGUGGCCCAAAUAUGGUCUCUCCAAUAUAUCCACCCAUAUGAUGGUGAGGAAUUGGAGUUUUCAUGUGAACAAGCUGAAAUUAAAUGUACCAAUCUCCUUAAAUCUGUAGCUUUGUUUCUUGUGCCUCCAUGUUGCAAGGAGAAGCUGCGUUAUGAACUUGGACUCUUCCAAGAUUGUGCUGAAGAGCUUGGAUUAUAUUACGAAUUGCAGGCUGGAAGCUUGCUAGGAGCUAUUAAAACUGAUGGCUUGCUUCCCUGGGAUUUUGAUACAGAUACUAUUACAGAUUGUAAAGAUCAGUCCAUUUGGUUAUCAGAUGGUAUGAAAUGCAUGAAGAGAAAAGGGUGUUAUUCAAAACUAAUUGCUGGUAACUAUUGGACAUCAACAUGUGAACAAAGCAUAAUAGAUAUAACAUGUAGACAUAACACCACAAUCUAUUUACCAAAAGAAUACCGUCAAAUACCAACACAGAUCAUGUUCGAUGGUAGAAAAACAUGGGUAAAGGCUAACCCAGGACGUGUAGCAAGAAACAUGUAUGGUCAUGAGUACCUGAAGCAUAUUGCGCAUUGGCGCCAUGUAAGUUUAACUGGUAUGGAUGAUGGAUCUGGAGGUGUAGGCAGUUGGAAGACCUGUAAAGAGCCAGGAUUUCAUGCGUGCCUUGAUCAUUUUCCUGUAGAUGGAAACCUAAAAUUCAAAUGGAAGAAACAAAAGAAUUGAAUUAAUAUGUGUCUUGUCAAAUGUCCUGUUAUGAAUGGUUUGAGCAUGAUUUUUUUUAUAUGUCAUAUGAAUGUGUUUCAUGCCUUACUCUUAAAUAUUACUAUGCAUCUAGUCUCUUUUGUAUGAAUUAUAUAUUUGAUGAUAUAUUUUAGAUAUGGCAUUCCAAUAUUUAUUCAUUUGGCUUUAAGGAUUAUUUGAAGUAUAUUUUUAAAACUUCCUAAGCUUUUAAUGUAGGCUAAGUGCAAACAUUUGCUGCUUAUGUAAUUUUAAAAAUUUAGGUUGUUGCCACCAUAAAGGUGCUAAUGUCAGGUGCUUAUAUUGCUAAUGGCUGUGUUGAAAACAGUGUUCCUUCUAUGCUGUGUGUUUGUAAAACUGCAUAGGCUCUGAAGUGCCACUCAUUAUAUUGAAACAUGUUUUGAUUCACCCAGGUGCAUUUCCAUGCUAUAUAUGCUGAAAUAAAUGUACACAGAAUAUUUGCAUGUUAAAAAGAAUACUGUUGGAAAAAUUGGUAAAGUUAGUUUCUUACAUAAUUGAUUGCAAAUUUUGACAAAAAAAAACCAAAUUGUUAAUAUAUUUUUAAUAUUUUGAACAGUAUAUGCAUAGUCGCAACACCUAUCAGAAGCAUAGAACUACAGCAGUAUUAUCAGAUUCAUAAAAUUGUUGAAGAAAAAGCUUUGGCAAACUCUUGUUUUACAUAAGAAAACAUUCAAAGGAUUUUACAGUCAGAGGCUAAAGGAAAUGGUAGAGUAGUGUAUUGUACUUAAUAUUAGGUAAUAUAGUAGUUUUGAUUACUAUAGGCUGUAUUUUAUUGAUUUCUCUGACAAAAAGCUUGGGAUAAAAGACUUUUAAAGAAUUCUGUAGAAUAUGAAAUAUCAUGUUUUAUAUACCAUUGCAAAGUAAUUUGCUCUAUAGUUAUCUGUCUUAAAGACAAAGUACUUGCUUAACUCAGGAAAAGGUCUGUCCAAUAUGUGUAGUGCAUCAAAGGUAAUAUGUAUGAUACGAUGAUUCACUUAACAAAAUUUAUACUAUGCAUAGAGCAAAAAAGUGUUAGUGACAAUUCGCAAUUUAAAUGUAGAUAUAAAUGCCAACACAACCUUAUAUAAUUAUUAAAUUAUCAUUUAACAUACACAAAGUUUUCACACACUUAACUACAGUAUGGUAAGUAUCCAAGCUGUUGUUAACAGUUAGAAAACUAAUGUAUGUGGCUUACAACAAGAAUGAUCUGUAUACUGCAUGUUAUGGAAAUAGUUUUGUA